CACAAAGCCCUUUAGAACAAACAGCCUUACAAGAAAAGAACAACAGCCUUCUCGAAUAGGGAAAUGGGCAGUUAUAAAACCCCCUCAUGCCUGCACAAAACACAUGUUUGUGUUCAAAUUCUCUAAGCCAUUUCAUUACUUUAACAAGACAAAAGUCUCUUGUUUCUCAACAUAGGAUUCAAGAAUGGCUAAUGGGUCGAGCCUUAGAUCGGUUGCAUCACUGCUGUUGCUGCUGAAUUUCUGCAUGUAUGUUGUGGUCUUGGCCAUUGGCGGAUGGGCGAUGAACUUAGCCAUCGAUCAUGGCUUCAUCAUCGGUCCAGAACUUCACCUCCCGGCGCAUUUCUCACCUAUAUACUUCCCAAUGGGAAACGCAGCCACCGGAUUCUUUGUCACGUUUUCCCUGAUAGCCGGUGUUGUUGGAGUGGCGUCUGUCCUCGCCGGAAUCAACCAUAUCCGCCAUUGGACCAUUCAGAGCAUGCCUGCUGCUGCUUCUGCUGCAGCUAUUUCCUGGAGUCUUACUGCUCUUGCCAUGGGGUUUGCUUGGAAACAGAUUGAGCUAAACAUCAGGAAUGCCAAUCUGAGAACAAUGGAAGCAUUCACGAUCAUACUUACUGUCACUCAACUGGUAUACAUAGCCGCCAUCCAUGGCCCAUCAAGAAUGGCAUAGACAAACUCCAGAAAUUACUCAUAGAUUAUAGAUAUAUGCAUGAAGGAGUGUGCAGUGUGAUUUAUACUCUUUCUUUUUGUUGUUAUUAUUUUUUCCGUUUUUCAUUCUUUUGUUGUUCACUGAAGUUAUGUAACCCAGCCAGAGGACGUAUUAGUGUAUUACUACCUUGAUUGUAUUUGUGAAAUAAAAGCAUGUUACGAGACAGAAUA